UACACCUUCCUCGCCCCACGACAUAUCAGCACUCGGCCUUAGGGGUCUCCAUACCACGACCACAAAUCCACAAUCCAAGCCGUGAAUCCCAGUUACAGCAUACUGAGGAAGGGAGGGCAGUUAUCUCAGGCUCUCAGCACGCCCAUGUGCUUGGCUGAAUCAUGGAGCUGCACUGUCUUCCUACUGAGACCCCCACCACAGCCAGCUCCUGCUCUACGGACCCACUGUACGACAACUGCCCCCCUUUUGCCCAGCGAGGGAGGGCCAGGGAAAAGGAAAUGGACAGUGGGGUCGUGUGCCCGGCUGUAACCAGACUCCCAGGCCCCUGCAGCCCUCUGCCUGGUCUGGCCCCAGCUGUGCCUGAGGUUCCCACAGUGGUCAGUGGGGGAGGGGGGCCUGGCGCCUGGCCAGAUCACAGCUACUGCAGCUGGGGAGGAGGCCUGGGAAGACAGGGCAGGGAUGCAGAGCACGGUCCAGGCAUGAACAGAGCAAGAGGAGAACAGGGAGGUAGCAGGAGAGUUGAGGACAGAGCUCAUCUGAACCAGAGCCCCAAUCCAUCCCAGAGUGAGCAGCACAGGAGUGCUCUGUCUCUGUAUGAUAACCUCCCUGAUGCUGCCACCCCGGACAGCCUCCAGGAGGUUUUUGACAUGGAAACAAGUUUCCAGGAACAUGUGCAAGAACAGAUGUAUCAGGCAUGGGUCCCCGAUCAGAACCAAGGACUGAUGGAGGGUGAGGGAGUGAGUGAAGAGAAAAGUCCUUGGUCCUCCUGUGAGAUCAUCCUCGCUGAGAGAGGUGCCGGUAACCUGGACCAGAAUGCGGACGAAGAUAAGAAGCGUGAACAGGAGCCAGAGCUGGACUCAGGAUCCUGUGGAUUUAAGCUGGGGGGCCGCAUGCUGCAUCUCCAGCUACCACAGUCACCUCACAGCCUUACAGCAAGUUCCCCUCAGGAAUGCCCAACUGACCGCCAGGCCCUGUGGCCCACUGCUGGAGCCCGGCACCCAGAGCAGUCGUCCUGGUCUCCCAGGGUACCCCCUCCCGUACCCCUUGCCGACCCCUGUGCCAGUGCCCUUCGCAGCCUCCUCACCAGCCUCCAACAGCAGAUAGUCCGACAGAGGGAGGAGUAUGAGGAAAGGAUAAUCAGCUUAGAGCAGAGAAAUGAAGAGCUGCAGGUAGAGGUUGUGCGGUUGAAGACAAACCUUGCACAGCACCGGCACUGGUACCAGGUUAUCCAGGCUAAGAUUGUGGAGUCUGAAAGGGCCCGGGCUGCCGCAGAACUACACAAUGCAAUGCAGCAGAGAGAGAUGGAACAGUUCUUUGACACCUUCGGAGAGCUCAACAAUGAGGCCAAGAAGACAGAAUACAUUGUCAAGAGCUUUUGAAGAAUAUGUACGGUGUGCGAUAACAUGAGUGACGUGCGCAAAGUGUUGGGGAAAAAAAAAAAAGUCACAAGACCUUGUAUACUAGUUUGUUUCUUCUUUGGCAGAACAUUUUGUCCCUCUUUGGGAGGGAUUUAAGUGAUGUACAGCUGUUUCUUCACUGAGAGAAAAUAAGUCACUGAUGUCCACUUUAUUAGUUGCGUAAGGGUAAAAGAUGUUGGCAAAGUGAUAAUAUUGUGGUCAUUGCAAUCACACAGGACAUCUCUGAAAAUAAAAGGAGAAACAAACUGAACAAAAAUGUGAGAUGUACAGUGUAUACAAUGGAGAUUUUUUUUAAACAUGUAAACACACAAGAUGUUCUGAACACUAUAAUGCUCAGUCCUUCUGUCCUCCAUCUGAUUAGAUGUUCAGGAGUGAACUGGCCGCUCCUCUGGUCGUUUAAGGCUUGACUGAAAGAAUAAGGUCAUGGUUUUUAAAAAGGAAAAUAUAGUGUACAACAUGGUGCAUAAGUCCUCAGUGACUCUAUAGUGUAAUAUUUCUGCAUGUCCAUCACACUGUGCAAUCAGUUCUGCAAAAAGCAGCUCCACAGUCCAUUGCCAAGGUUCACCUUUGAGCUUCAAUCUGAAGUUGCAAGGUCCAGAUUUUGAUUCAGGACUCCACAGUCACAUCCUCAUUUUAAACCACAUGUCUGCUUUUUGUUGCUGGGCCAACUUCCUCCAUAGACAUUGCCUUUACGGACGGGGUGACUGCUGUGUUUACGGACGAUUCAAAGGAGAUAAUGAAGGAGAGUGCUGCACAGUACAUUUGGUAACACAUACACACAUAUAAGCUUACAAAGCAAAAAAAGCAAAAAAAAAAAAAAAAAACAAAAA